AUGGUAACAAAACACCCCCAAAUUAACUCCUCCAAUGGCUUCCCCUCCAUAGGCAACGCAAACUCUUCGGCUGAUGUUCUGGUUAAUGAUUACGACGUGGGACACGCGGGGGCGAACUCCGAGGCGCUUAAGAAAACUAAUAUCGUCUGCACGAUAGGUCCGUCUACGAGCUCACGUGACAUGAUAUGGAACCUGGCUGAAGCCGGAAUGAACGUGGCGCGUUUGAACAUGUCGCACGGGGACCACGCGUCUCACCUGCAAACCAUUGAGUUGGUGAGAGAGUACAAUGCUCAGUUUCAGGAUAAGGUUGUAGCCAUCAUGCUCGACACCAAGGGUCCUGAAGUUAGAAGUGGGGAUGUACCUAAACCAAUUUCACUUAAAAGUGGGCAAGAGUUCUGUUUCACCACUAGGAGAGGGGUCAGCACGGAAGAUACGGUUAGCGUGAAUUACGAUGGUUUUGUGAAUGAUGUGGAGGUUGGAGAUGUGUUACUUGUUGAUGGUAAGAAAGAUGGUCUCUUACUUGUGAACAUUGUUGUUUGUGCCAUCCAGAUUGAUUAG